GACUUUUUUUUUUUUUUUUGGCUGAAUUGUUUCCUUAAACAUAUCAUUUUAAACAAAAGUCUCCCCUAAAAGUUUUUAGGUGGUGCUGAUUGCCCAGCCAAUCAAACAUAUGAUAGUCGACCAAACCUAUUACACUAUAGUCCACCAAACCUACUACACCUUUUGAAAGUUGUGCAUGGUGGAAUAUCAGAGCUUGCAUGGAUAUAUAAAUACCCUUUCCGUUUCCCUUUCCAGUGCACACAUUCAACUCAAACUCAAAACCCCUUCAAAAGUAUUGAAUUUUAGCACCAAGCUAGUUUCUAAGCAAAAAUGAACUCAGGUGCUAUUGUGAUUGGUGAUGGUAAGAUUUCUAAGCAAAGGGUUGGCAUGAAUAGAGGGGUGUCCAUCCUAGAUUUCAUUCUUAGGCUAGUUGCAGUUCUGGGUACCCUAGGAAGUGCUAUAGCCAUGGGAACAACUAAUGAAACACUUCCUUUUGUUACCCGGUUCACGCGGUUCAGGGCUGAGUUUAAAGAUCUUCCAACGCUUACGUUUUUUGUGUUUGCGAAUUCCAUUGUAAGUGCUUAUCUGGUUCUUUCUCUCCCCCUUUCUAUCUUCCACAUCCUGAGCAGCAGUGCGCAAAGAAGUAGAAUUCCCUUGAUUUUCUUUGAUACGGUAAUGCUAGCUCUUUUAACCGCUGGAGCAUCUGCAGCAGCAGCUAUUGUAUACUUAGCACACAAGGGGAAUUCUAAGACAUAUUGGCUUGCCAUUUGCCAACAGUUCAACUCCUUCUGCGAGCGCACUUCUGGCUCUUUGAUCGGAUCCUUUGGAGCCGUUGUUGUGUUUAUACUGCUAAUCCUGUUAUCCGCCAUGGCCCUCUCCCGACGUUGAUAGAUGAUCAUACAUUUCAAUAAUGCAAUUAUGCUCAAUGCGUGGAUGUAUUUCUUAGUUUGUCGUGUGCAAGAGUGACUGUAUAAUAGAACAUGACUAGCGUCUCUUAUGUUUUAUGUUUCUUCUUUGUUAAAUGUGACAACGCUUCUGGUGUAAAAUUCAAUAUGAUUAUAUGUUCCUUCAGGAGUGUAAUGGAAGUGAAUAUUUUAUCAUGAUUUACAUUUGCAGUUUAA